UGUNCAUCUUCCAGAUAUUCCAGAACCUUCAGAGUGCAAAAUAAACACAGAAGUAUUCACUGGAAUUAAUCGGAUUCUGCAGGAACAGAGAGAGUUUUAGAGAGAGAAAGGAGAGACGAUGUCGUACUUGCUACCCCAUCUCCACUCUGGAUGGGCGGUGGAUCAGGCAAUCCUCGCUGAAGAAGAACGCCUCGUCAUUAUCCGAUUUGGGCACGACUGGGACGAUACCUGCAUGCAGAUGGAUGAGGUGCUGGCUUCUGUUGCUGAAACAAUAAAGAAUUUUGCUGUGAUUUACUUGGUGGAUAUAACUGAGGUGCCUGAUUUCAACACAAUGUACGAGCUGUACGAUCCGUCGACUGUCAUGUUCUUUUUCAGGAACAAACACAUCAUGAUUGACCUUGGCACUGGGAACAACAACAAAAUUAACUGGGCUCUCAAGGAUAAACAGGAGUUCAUUGACAUAGUCGAGACUGUCUACCGUGGUGCCAGGAAGGGCCGAGGAUUAGUUAUUGCCCCGAAAGAUUACUCCACCAAGUAUAGAUACUAAGUACUUGAAUUGGUGUGUGUGAUUUCAUCAUGUGAUUUAGGCUACCUUGGCAGCUCAUAGGUUAUUGCUGCAAAAUUCUGUGUACCAAAUAUCGAUACAAUGAUAUCUGAGUAAUGAUUCGUGGGCAGACAAUUCAAUUGAGUCCUUUGAACCAUCGGAGUACAAAGAUUCUCCCGUGUUUUA